AUGCUAACGGAAAUUAUGAGUGCCUGUUCUCCGGUGACUACAAGGUUGCCGCUUCGGCUUGGCAUUCUAGCAGAAGCCAUGGCUUUGCCAUUCAUCCGCGAGCUUCCAGAGCAUGUGUCAAGGAAAGUCAGGUCUUCGGUUGUCGUCCCUUCACUAUCGCAGCUUACGGAAGAGCUAGUUUGCAACAGCCUCGAUGCAGGUGCCAGAGAGGUUUCUGUGACGGUCGACUCAUCAGCGGUGACGAUAAGAGUGGAUGACGAUGGUACUGCUGGUCCUACAACACUGGGAUUUCGAGGAGAAGCACUCUUCUCAAUCAUGGGCCUCUCCCUGGUCGAGAUUGUGACUCGUCCUAAGGGGUCGGCUAGCACUUACUGCAAGAUUUGUAAGGGUGGAAGAACGCUCUCUGUUGGAAUGACGAAGAAGCUGAGAACAACUGGCACGACAGUUAUUGUUCAAGACAUAUUUUUCAACCAACCAGUCAGGCGACAGCUAGUGGAGAAGAACUUAUCAAAGGAGAUUCAGAGCAUCAGGGACAGAGUUGGUCAUUUGGCAUUCAUGUAUCCACAAGUUUCAUUCAUGGUGUCGGAUGUUGCUAGGAGCAAGACUCUGCUAUCCUUGUCUGGUGGAAGAUCGGUGGGUUCCGGCAUAAAAGAUGUGUUUGGAGCUACCAUUUUUGAGUCAAUGAAAGAGAUUGACUAUCAGAAGGGUGACUUGAGACUGUCUGGCUUCAUCUCACGGCUGGUGCAACAUGAGUCCUCAAGAGAUGUACAAUACUUAUACAUAAACAAGCGGCUGGUGAAGCACACUCGAUUUCACAAAUUGAUGAACUCCAUCUUCUCCACAUCGCUCAGCUUGCACUCAGAAGCUGAAGGGGGCGCGGAAUUAACUACUUUUCAGGAAUUGAUGUUUGUUGUUAACCUGUCAUGCCCACGGUCCUCAUAUGACAUUACGUUUGAGCCUACAAAGACAUAUGUGGAGUUUAAGAACUGGAAGUCUGUUUUGGAGUUUCUCCAAGAAGUCUUGCGUGCCGUGUGGCCUUCCAGCAAAUCACCUUUGCCUGAAUCAGGACCGAUGAUGCAACCCAGGAAGAAGAAAAGUCAGAAGUCAUGGCAGAAAAUUGAUCCCAGUUACCGGCCAAGCCAUCCUAUUACAUUAUCCAGCAAAUUAAGCAAGCACACACAUCCUACCAGCCACCUGCUUCUGCUUGAAGAGUCAGGCGAAACCUCACCCGAAGAUUGUCCCGGCUCAACAUACAAAGUUGAUCGGUUUGAUUCCCCCGUGAAUUUGUGUUCCAGGGCUUUGCAAGCCAAAAGAACAAAGAAAGAGAGCAGACGUGAAGACAAUACUGACCAAGCUAGGGCGUCCGCUUUGCAACUGGAUCUCAACAACUCAAGCGAGUGCAUUCCUCAACCCUUCUCUCAUCACGAUUCUUAUCCAGAGCUCUCCCCAUUUGCAUCGGCAAGAGACUCGUGCCUUCCGCCUACAGUAGCGAUAGGGAGUAGGCCCACGGAAGAUUAUUCCACGGACUUGCCUGCAUCCAGUCAGCCCGAUUGGACCCUGGAUCUACAGCUGCAGCCGGAUGGGAUGGACCUAGAGACCUCACGGUGCCUCUUUGGAAGAACAGGCCACAACGAUCAGCAGCCUCUGGAGCCCAUGCCCAAGCGAAGAAAACAAGCAUCACCGGAAGAGAAUCGUCAUUCUGAAGGUUAUGGGCCUUCACACUGGUCGUCGAUUAUUCAUCCAGAAGUGGUUCCGGAUGACUUGAUGCUGGCUGGUAUGGAGCACCUUCAGGACAUUCAGCUGCAGAUACCGAUGAAUGAGUACAGGACCAGCAAAUCAGCCUCCUCGAAGAUUGCGCCUGAUUUUCCUGCUGUUGGCUCACUUGAGUUUCAACAAGCAGUCGAGUUCAUUGAUCCGCUUAUUGAAACCCAAAUGGACCCAUCAAGCAAUCUGGAGCAAAGUAACAAGCAGAAGGCAUGGGGUCUGGUUGCCUGUGGAGAGGAAACAGGCAGCAAGCAGAAGCAUGCAUGUGCACUGCCUAUGGCUGAAAAGACUGCUGGACCAGUCGAAUGCAGAGAAGAAUCCGAUCCAGCACCAACGCAUAUGGCUAUUGUAGAAACUCAUUACGCUGAUGAAGUAGCAGGCUGCUGCUGCUCAUCCAAGUGGAGAGAUGGCCAUGCGCCUGCAUGCACUGAUAAGAACCAUCUGGGCUCGACAAAGUCUGUGAAGGAAAUGUACCAGCAUUGGUCCAAGACCAACCUUGCCGAGAAGGAAGAGGUGGAGCCAGAAAUUCUUGACCUACAGACAUUGGCUUCCAGGUCCAUGCAGUUUGAUAAUCACAGAAGGCAGCGUCGCCCCCUUAUCCCAACCUCUGUUUCCAAAGAGACUCUGCUUCAAGCAAAGUGCUUGAAGCAGGUGGAUGGGAAGUUCCUGAUUGCCACUUCUGGCUCAACCGUGGUCGCCAUUGAUCAGCAUGCGGCAGAUGAAAGGGUUUGUCUUGAGGAGCUCCGUAAGGAGGUUUUGGAGAAUCAGUCAGCCGUGGUGCCACUGCUCCUUGAUACUCCCUCUGACUUGCCAAUCACAGCAGGGCAAGAAGGGUGCGUGAGGUCAUAUCAAAUGCAAAUAGAACGAUGGGGAUGGCGUUUUAAGCUCUCUACAACUGGCGACGCAGAAAACUCUUUCAGACAUCGUUCAACUCAAAUGGGAGCUGAUGCUAUGGCCAUGCUUAGCCAAUCAAGACGUCCAGGAAAAUCUCAGUGCACUCCAUCUCGGCUUAUUGUACUCGCGGUUCCACACUUGCUGGGCACCUCUCUAUGUGCUGAAGACAUUCUCGACUACUUGCUGCAGCUUCAAGAAACUGGUGGCCUUGCAUCUACACCACCACGGGCAGUUGUGCAAUUGCUGGCAUCAAAAGCUUGUAGAGGUGCCAUCAUGUUUGGAGACAUGCUGAAGCCAUCUGAGAGCUCCCAGCUCAUUGAGUGUUUGAAGCACACACAGCUGCCCUUCCAGUGUGCACAUGGGAGGCCAACCAUGGUUCCGCUUGUGGACCUUGACGAGCUGAAGAGAUUGGUUGAAGGGAUCAAGUUGCAGGGCAUCUAG